GAUUGAAGAGUUUGUUUCUAGAUGUGAUAUUUGGCUUUUGUUCUGUGAUGAUGUUUUCUUUUGCUUAGUCAUUGAAACGCACUUACACAGCACUAGAAAGUGGAUGAAGGGUAAAGGGCGUGUGACUAUCCAAUUUGGUUGCUGUUAUAAUUAUGCUACUGAUAAAAAUGGUAACCCACCAGGUAUUCUGAAACGCGGAGAAGUUGAUCCCUUACCUUCUCUUUUUAAAGUGAUAAUCAAGAGGUUGAUCAGAUGGCAUGUUCUUCCCCCGUCCUGCAUUCCUGACAGCUGUAUUGUCAACAUUUAUGAAGAAGGAGACUGCAUACCUCCACAUAUCGAUAAUCAUGAUUUUGUUCGGCCAUUUUGUACUAUUUCUUUUCUCAGUGAAUGCAAUAUAGUAUUUGGAACAGACUUGAAGAUUGAAGCCCCUGGAGAAUUUAGUGGCGCUAUAGCAAUACCCUUGCCCGUUGGAUCGGUUAUGGUAUUAAAUGGAAAUGGUGCUGAUGUUGCCAAGCAUUGUGUUCCUGCAGUACCAUCUAAGAGGAUUUCUAUUACUUUCAGGAGAAUGGAUGAAUCAAAGCGGCCUGUGGAUUAUUCUCCCAUACCAGACUUGCAAGGACUUGAACCAUUAUAUUAUGAUGAUGAUGGAGCAAAGAAAUCACCCCCUCAACAUCACGUAAGCAGGCAAGGAACAAGAGACGAGUUCAGGUCAGAGAAGAAGAGAGAUGAAGAGCCUCGAUAUUCAGCCAGGUUUCGGGUUGCCAUGAGAGGUCCUAGAAAUAGGGUAAAUUUGGGAGGUAGCUGAUAUGUAGAAACGUCUCGUGGCUGAUAUGUAGAAACGUUCCGUGGUUUCUCAUCCCAUAUUUUAUCAAUUCCUGUUGAAUUCUCUGUGUAUAUAUAUGUACUAAAAGUUGGCUAUUAUUUUAUUACCAUUUUUGUUUAUGAAUCAAAGAGUUUUGAAGGCAUUUCUUCAAAUCUGUCUAUUGUAAAUUGAGGAAAAUGUAGUGUCAAAAUAUUUGUUUUGUUUUAAAUUUUUUAUGGAGAGAUUUAUAUUAGAUCUUAAAUUUUUGCUA